UGUAGCAGGGUGAAGUGUUACCGGUGUUGAUUAUUGGCUAGUGUCAUGUGAAAACGUUGAGCCUAUCAGCAGUCUGCUGUCACGAUAUAAAAAGAGGACGUUUUUGUCACUUGGGAUGCGUUGUCACCCGUACCGCCCCUUUACGGAAGUUGGCACUUAUGAAUGGGAGAGUAUCUGGAGUGCCGCCUCUGCGUUCUGCUGCUGUGUAGGCUGCCCCUGGCUUUGAGCUCGUCAAUGAACAAACUACUGCAUGUUAUCGUUAGCGACUGUGCAUAGUACCGUGUUAUGAACAUCUUCCGAUUGAGUGACAGGAUCAAGGGUUUCACCUUUAUAUUAUGAGACAAGAUGCGCGUCUAUUGAUGUAACGCACUGCUGCCUUGCCUGGGCUGAUUCCGGUCGUCUUUUUGUUGGAGUGAACUUUUUUUCUUUUUUGGCGAGCCUGGACGAUUCCUCGCCAAAGAGUGAAAGUAAAAGCGUGGCUGUUUCUCGUUUGCCCUGUGAGUGUGCGGGCGAUCGUGGCCUCACUUAUUUUUGUGAACUGACUGUGUACUUUUUUGUUCUCUCUUUAUUUUACUUUUUUUUAUUUCUGUCCUAAGGAAGGUGUAUAGAGGAGGGGUUAGCCGCUGUUUAACGGGGUUCACGUUGAGUGUUGUGCUUAUUGUGUGACCUUACUUCACCAGAGUGUGUGUGUGGGUAUUAAGCGUGUUGUGUGUGUGUGUGUGUGAAUUGAGGGUCACAGCAGGCCAUCUCCCUCCCUUAAGCUUUCUUGUGUAUUUGUAUUAUGUUGUAUCCAUUUUUUUUUUUUUAUUGAAGUGUUGUAAAGUGUUUAUUUUUUUUCUUUUGUUGACACGUGAAUAUUUAGCCCUUGAUGGUAAUGUAUUGAUGAUUUUAAAUUUUGUAUUGAAUAAAGCUGCUUCAUUUUUUUGUACUCCCAGGCCUAUGUCUCUCUGCUCACCCAUUUUUCGGUAACGAACCUGUGCGCCCCCCUGUCUUGGGGCUGGCAGUUCCCGGUAUAUAUACCGGGUGGCGUAGUUGAACGUUAUAUAAUUGUUGUUGCUUUAUACAGUUCCUUCCAGUACCUGACGCCACUGGCCACAUUUGGCGUAGUCGGCAGGGUCUCCAUAUUUUGGGUGAGCUUGUAUUUUGAGAAGUGAGUCUGGGAGUGCUUUUGAGGCAGUAUAUUUUUUGUUGGUAUUGUAUGGUUGAAAAAUAUACAUGUACAUUUCUCCCCCCCUCUUUUUCUUUUCUCUUUCUUUCCUAAAGGCAAGGCAGCGGUGUGUUAUUUGUGUAAAAUCUCCUCGGUGUUGUGGUGAGUAGUGAUGGAAGGGGAGUUACAAGAAUUAAGGGAAUUGGUAGCACAGCUAAAGGCUGAUAAUGAGAAAUUGCGCCAAGAACGUGUAUGUGCCCCAAUGUUGUCAAAUAAUGGUGUUUCUAGUGUUGCAGAGGCUCCCGCCACCGUGUCCCAACCCGUGAGUGCUGGUGCCACCUCAGCUGAGAGGUUUGUGUUUGUACCUCGUGAUCGGCGAUGUCCAAAAUUUAACGGCCGGGCUGGCAUCAGCAUUGACGAAUGGGUUGAGGAAGUUCAGGCGUGUAUGCAGGUGCGCCAUCUUUCUAUUGCUGAUCGAGCGUUUUUUGUAUUUGACCAUUUGGAGGGGGAAGCACGGGAGGAGAUUAGGCAUCAACCUAGUGUUGAACGAGGGGAUUGCGAUAAAAUUAUUUCCGCAUUGAGGGAAUUGUAUGGCUGUUCUCAGUCAUAUGUGGCUCUGCAGGAGGCAUUUUUUUCUCGUAAACAACGUGAGGGGGAGACCCUAUUAGAGUUUUCUUUAGCUUUGAUGGGCCUUUGGAAGUCUGUUGAAGAAAAGUCCCCUUAUGCUAUGCCAAAUUCAGAAACCCUUGUGCGUGACCAAUUUGUAGAACAUGUGAUAGAUAGCGCCUUACGUCGUGAGUUGAAACAAUUGGUACGUCGCUUACCCUCCUCCAGUUUGUUAGAGGUCCGUAGUGAGGCUCUUAGGUGGGAGAGAGAGGGGUUGCCGGGGGGUGAUCGCCGUCGAAGCCAGUCGGUUCCUUUGGUUCCCGUUAUGCAGUAUGGGGUACAGGGGGGAUCAUCGUUAGAUGCCCGUGGUGCCUCAAUGGUUGAGCUAAGUGAGUUAAGGGAUCUGUUGAAAUCACAGCAAGCCCAAUUAAAUCAGCUCUCUAAAAGUGUGACUCGGCUCCAGAUGGUGGCUGAGUGUAGUCAAGCCCCUCGUGCACGUAGUCAAUCUCCACACCCACGGAAUCACUCUUCUCGUGGCAAUACCAUAAUUUGUCGACGGUGUCAGCGACCUGGCCAUUUUGCCAGGGAGUGUGACGGGGAACGUGUUCCUCCUCACCCUCCAUCUUCUCGUAUGGUCCCUCCUGUGGCUGGAGGUGGGCAGCCUUUUGCACAGCAGUUGUCGGAAAACUAGCACCCGCCGGGCUGCAGAGUCACAGCUCGGUUGGGGUAGAUGGUGGCUCAAAGAUUCUUCAGGGUUCUCGUUCAGUAUCAUCUUUAAUGUCGUCAUGUCCCCAUUUGGUAGUUUGCAUUGGUGGGGUUCAGGUGCCCUGCCUUAUAGACACUGGCUCCAUGGUUUCUACAAUAACGGAGAGUUGUUUCUUACAAAAUUUUGAACCGUGGGGUCAGGAUCGUCUUCGGUCAUGCCAGUGGUUGCAACUUCGUGCUGCCAACGGGUUGGACAUCCCCUACAUUGGUUAUAUGGAGUUGGAUGUCGAACUCUGUGGCAGGUUAGUGCCAGGAUGCGGGGUGCUGGUUGUCCGAGAUCCUCCUGGGGGCUUGUGUUCCCAGGCACCGGGAGUUCUGGGAAUGAAUGUUCUCAGCCGAUGUUACCAGGAGCUCUUUGGGCAGCAUGGCUCUUCUCUUUUUGAAUCUCCCUCAUUGGUUAAGGUACCCAGUAUUGUAACAGAGGCAUUUCAAUAUUGUCAUAAGGUAUGCUCCCAGUCUUAUUCUACUCGUGCGGGGUCAGUUAGGGUACGCGGUCGUAGGGUACAACGCAUCCCAGGUGGCAUGUUACAACUAGUUACAGCAACUUGUUCAGAGCAGUUCUUGCAUGAC